UGUGUUGAACAUUUUGCAGAGAGCUCAGCCUGCAGCUCUGACACCGGGGAAAGUGAACACAAGAAGGAAAUGUGUAAGGGAGCAGCCUCCAGCCCGGGUCCGCCUCCUUUCCCCGGCCGAGAACGGGUCGCCUUGCAGCUCUGUUUCAAGGCGUAUCCGGAAAGAGUCCUGUACCCAGGGCUGUACCGGCUGGCACACAGAGAGGUGCCCAGGCGGAGAUGCUGCUGAUGCUGGCCAACACCAGUACCCUGCUGGUCUGCUCGGUGCUCAAAGUGCCCCAAAUCAUCACCGUCAUCUCAGCGAAAACUGCCCGAGGACUCAGUGUCCGGAGCCUGCUCCUAGAGCUCAUCGGGUUUUCGAUUUUCCUGACAUACCAGACUUACUAUGGGUACCCAUUGACAACAUACUUGGAGUAUCCAGUCUUAAUUCUACAAGAUGUUAUUCUCUUAAUGUGUGUUCUCUUUUAUAAUGGAAACAUUGGAACAGCUUUACCGUACACAAUCCUAUUUAUCAUUGGUUGGCGUCUGUUAACAAUCCAUAAGUUAAUCAUAGACUUAGCUAUGAGUCUGUCCAUAUGUAUUGGUGCAUUAAGUAAAUACGCUCAACUCCAGUCCUUGUGGAAGACCCGUGAUUCUGAAAAAGUCAGUGCCCUGACGUGGAGCCUGGGAAUCUAUACUAUAUGCGCUAGAAUUUUCACCACACUGAUGACCACAUCGGACACUGCAGUUCUUAUACGUUAUGCCGUUAUUGGUGUGUUGAAUAUGUGGGUUUUGACCACCAUAAUGUACUACAGGAAGACUGGAAAGAGAAGGGAGUAAACAUAGUGAGGAGCAGCACCCUGAUGAACUGGUUUUCUGGAUUAAGUCAAAGAUGUGGCCUUGGUGAAAAUUGAGAAACAGCACUUUACAAUGUAUCACAAUAGAAUAAUGACUCAAAGCAACCAAAUAUGCUGAGUGAAUUUUGGAUCUGUCAAGGGAACGUUUGUUGGUAUAGCCAUCAUUCUGAACCCUUGGCAUAGUUUACAAGUAAGUAAAUUAUACUGUCAAUAACUUGUUAAAAUCAUUAAAUGAUUGAAGUAGAAGGUAGGACAAUUCUUGAUUCAGUUUUAUUGUCUAUCUGUCAUCAGUACGAUGUUUAGAAAUUUACAGCAGCUCAGUGGAUGAGAAUAAUGUUGUUAAGAUUAUUUUAAAACCUUAAGCGAAAACACAUUGCUGGUGAAACUCAACAGGUUUGGCAGCAUCAGCAGCAAGAAAGCAGAAUUAACAUUUUGAGGCAGUGACUCUUAACAGAAUGGAUAAUGAAAAGUCAAUGGAGCUGAAAGGUUAACUCUGCUUUCUUCCCACAGAUGUUGCCAGACCUGCUGAGUUUCACCAGCAAUUUUUAUCUUUGUUUCCGAUCUCCAGCACCCAUAAUUUUUUAUUUCAAAACUUUACACUUUGAAUAGUUCACAGCUAACCAAAGUGAGAUAAAAUUAAUAGAUGGAGGUAUUUAUUACAAUAACAACAUUGUAAUAGUAAUAAACACAAGCACUAGUUUAUAACCUGUUAAGUCAAAACUUUAAGGACAGAGCUGUGUAAACGCUUUGUGGUGAGCGUCUAUGAUCUGCAGGCAAAAUCCCAGAACUCUAUGUAGGCAAAUAUAGGUGAAAAAAACUGAAUGAAGGUUAUCCUUUAUUACAGAUAUUAUCUGUUGUAUUCACAAAAGCUACUAAAUGUAAGUUUUCCCAUUUUUUUUCCAUAAGCGUUUAAUAUGAAAUUACAGUAUAGUCAAGAUAUAACACGAUAUUGACUGGUCUUCAAUCACUCGGAGGUGAAAUGCCACAGAGCUGGGCUAUGACAUUGUUACUGUAACUUUGAAUCCAAAUGUGGUUAUAUGGAAAUUGAGAUGGUGCAAUAGGAAGAGCUGAGGGGAUAUUCAUUCCCCUUGUUUAUACGGAGAGCCAUGCCAGAAUUAGUUAGGCACAAGGAAACACAUUUGUGUUGAUCAUUUGUAGAUGAUGUUUACAUCACAUGACCUAAGGUUAAAAUCAGAUCAAUCAGGAAUAAUACUCAAAGAUCUGAGACAAAAUACAAAAGCAGUCUCUGUAGGUAGUCCAUUAAUGCUUGGGGUGAUAGUGACCAGGACUGCAUGAGGCCAUUUGAGGAAUAGUCUACAAAGAGAAACCAGUGUUAUAAAAGGGAAAAUGAGUUCAAUGAGAAGUUCUGAAGAAGUGUCUUGACCCGAAAUGUCAGUUUUCCUGAUCCUCCGAUGUUGCCUGGCCUGCUGCGUUCUUCCAGCUCCACACUGUGUUAUCUCUGACUCGAGCAUCAGCAAUUCUUACUAUCUCUGAGGAGAUUGUUGAGGCCUUGACAGAGAUCAUUGUAUUCUCUUUAACCACAGGUGAGGUCCCAGAAGACUGCAGAAUAGCUAAUGUUGUUCCUUUUCUUCAAGAAGGGCAACAGGGAUAAUCCUGGAAACUAUAGGCCAGUGAGCCUUACAUCAGUGGCAGGAAAAUUAUUGGAGAAGAUUCUUAGUAAAAGGAUACACUUGCAUUUGGAGAAGAAUGGACUUAUUGGAGAUAGUCAGUGUAGCUUUAUGCAGGGGAGGUCACGUCUCACAAACUUGAUUGAGUUUUUUGAGGAAGUGAUCUUGAUGAUCAAGGAGGGUAAGGCAGUGGAUGUUGUCUACAUGGCAUUUUACUAAAGCAUUUGACAAGGUCCCUCACGGGAGGUUGGUUCAGAAGAUUAAAUCACAUGGAAUCAAUGAUGAGUUGUCAAGUUGGAUACAAAAUUGGCUUGGCUGUACAAGACAGUGUUGUUGUGGAGGGGUGUUUUUCUGACUGGAGGUCUGUAACUUCUGGUGUUCCUGAUAGAAGGAUAUAAAAUUGAGAUGCAUGAAUAAGGUAGUUAGUCAGAGUCUCCCAGAGACAUGGUGGACCAAAGGGCCUGUUCCUAUGCUGUACUGUUCUGUUCUAGAACAGUAGAAAUUUAGGUUUAAGAGAGAAUGGGAAAGUAAGUAUUAACUGUAAAAUGGACUAUACGGAAACUUCAGAACUUUGAAAUGAGUGCAAGUAAAUUCUCAUAUACACUCAGUCACUCUAGACAAAUGGGUAGUGUAAAAGAAGUAAUGAGCAAUUCAUAGUUAUUAUUUUAUAACAACUCUUAGAUGUUAAUUGACAUAACAUUAAUUAAAGUACAAGAAAACCCAUAUCACUUUCCACACAAGAUCCCAUAUAUUUCAAGUAUGAAAUCAAUAUCGUUGAGGCACAUGGUGUUUGCAGUAUUUUUUCACUAGUGCUGACAGCUACUGUUUUCGGAGUUAAGUGAUUCUACCAAGUUCAGAAAUUCUGUUACUAAAGGUUGAAGUUUUUUUUUUUAAAAGUUUGAACACGAGUUUUUUUUUAAACUCUAGGACUUCUUAAAGGUUUAAGAAGUUUCAGUUUUGUUGUAAAUUUCAUUUUUUUCUUAAAAUAUUGUUUUAAUCAAAUUCUGCAUACAGUACAGCAUGCAGAUAUUUUCAUAGAACGUUUUCUUGUGAUUUACCUUUAGUUGGAAAGAAUUGGAAAUCAAAACCAGCUUUUCUUUCCAACAGAAACAAUCCUCAUGAAUUUCAGUUUUGCAUUUUUAAUGAAUAUUACAGCCAGGUUUUUAAAUAUUAGCUUUUCAACAUUUAUAUUUAAACGAUCGUAGCAACAAAAUUGUUUUGCGUAUUUUAAUUAUACUAUGUAUUGUUGCACUGCAAGUGAAAACAUACUUAAAUAAACCAUUACCAAAAUUAUUAUAAGUGUAAAAUGUGAUUUGAGGUCCAUGGGGAAGUGCAAUCAUUGACAGUCUGAUUGCUCAAUCACAGACAGUCUGAUUGCUCAAUCACAAGGUUGUAAGAAAAAUACAAACCUAGUGGUCUCUAUUGGUUGGAUAAGUGAACUAUUCAGAUCUUGUGUAUCAAUUUCAAUAUUGUUAAUUAGUAAUGCAGCAAACUGUGCAUUCAUAGGGCUACACUCAGUGUUUAUAUUUGACUUAAAAUGAAAAUAGAAUCUCUGGUAGAUACAAACUUUUUAGUCAAGAUAAAGCUUGUUGAAUUAAUAAUUCACUCAGUGCCAUUCUCUGUUUCAAAAAACUAUAAUUUCCUUUUGAAUCUGCUUCCACCACGCUCACUUCCAGAUCUUGGUGUUUCUCACAUCACUUUAAAUCACUUGUUCUUGAUCCUUUUGCAGGUAGGAAUAGUUGCUUCCUAUAUACAUCUGUUCCAACACAUCAUGAUUUUGAGUACCUUUCGCAAAUCAUAUCUUGGUCUUUUCUAAGAAAAACAGUUCAAACAUCUCCAAUCUAUUUUCAUAACUGAAGGUUUUCUUCCAUUGAACCAUUCCUGUGAAUCUUUUCAAUGCUGUCUCCUAUGCCUUUAUAUCCUUCCUGACAUGUGCCACCUAGAACUACACUCAAUGCUCCAGCUGAGGCUGAACUAUAUCUUAUAAAAAUAUGACAUCGCCUCCUUGCUCUUGUUCUCUAUAGCCCUAUUAUUAAAGCCUAGGAUACUGUGACCUUUAUUAACUGCUCUUUCAGACUGUCCUGUCACUUUCAACAACUUGUGCAUAUAUGCAUCUGGUUUCUUCUGUUCCUAUACCCUUUUUGUACUGUCUUUGUUUUCUUCCAAUCAAUUAAAUCAACAUUUCUCUGCAUUACACUUGAUCUGUCAUCCGUCCAUCCAUUCCAGUAACUUGUCUCUGACCCCUUGGAGGUCUUUUGAAAUGGAUUCAUUUUAACGUAAUUUCAUCUGGGUAUAGCUGUCGGGACUAAAUAUUAAUACAAAUUACAGAUAAGUAAUGUGGAAUACAGAUCAUUGACUGAUGUAAUAGCCUGCUUUUGUACUUGGACCUGCUUUUAAUAGCAUUUCUAUUGUCAAUAUAGACAAACCUAUAACUGGUAAAUAUGGAACUUAAAAUUUUUACAAGUGACUUCAUACAAUGUAAUGUUUCAGGUGACUUUUCUUGCAUAAAGCACACAGAUAAUAGAUAAAUUUAUGACUAAUCAAUCUGUCUUCAUGCCUUAUUUUAUAAAGCAGAUUAUGUACAUCUCUCAUCUUUUCUUAAUCUAAGUUUAUUCUUGCUUUUUUGGAUUUUGUAAAUGGUUGUGUAUCUCAAUUUCAUUUUACCGUUCUUGAGAAGAAAUUACCACUUAUUUACUUGAGACAAUUUUGCAAUAGAAUUAUAUCACUUCUAUGUGUCUUGUUUCAUUAUGUAGUGGGAGUAGAAAAUGCCAUGUUUCAGUAUUGAAGCCUUAGAAGACGUUGUCGGUGUACCAUUGACAAAAAGAAUUAAUUAUAAUGUUACAAAACAGGAAUAGCAAGCUUUACUAUAACUGGGUUUGCAAUAGUGUAAUGAAAACAUUCAACGACCCUCAAAAUUGCCCCAUUGUUCCUAACUAGACUUUACAAAUAACUGCUCUGAAGCAAAUUAAGUUAUGGCCAAGUUUAUUAUUAAUUACAUAACUUUAGCAGAACACAGAUAAACAAGAGGUAAACUAAGCUCUAAAGCCCAGUCUUCUUCAUAGCCUCCACUCACACAGGCAGGCACAGGAAAGGGAUAAAUUUAAAAAUGUAAUCUUGCUAGUACAAUAAACCUUUCAAACAAUGGAUAUGAGGCCUUUAUGAAGUCCUUCGACAAUGUUUAUUUUCUUUUAACAGGCCUUGCUUGAAUUCCAAAGUUACCAGUUCAUGCAAACAGAUUCAUCAGAUCUUCAGAAAUACCCACAUUUCUUACUGGGAUUAUUUUCUAGAACAUUUAACAAUUCGAUAACUUGAAAUUUGAGAGAACAGAACAUAGCAACAGUCUCUAAUGCUUCCAAAAAAUCACACUCCAGCUUUGGUGGAUUGAAUUGCACUUGCCAUACACUGAUAUGGGGGUCAGUUAGCUCAUUUGGGUAGAUGGCAAUUCUGGCACCAGCUGUGGUUCCUUCUCAACCUCUCCCCUCAGGUGAAACCAACUCUAUGGUCCAGGAGGAUUACAGCAACUUUACCCUUACAUUGAUAUCGAUACAUCCUACAGCUUUCUUCUUCGCUAUCAACCACAUGGCCACCUUUUGUAAUAUAUCCAAAGUUCACAUUUGUGCCCUUUAAUAAACAAAACUUUGAUUUCUAUCAUAUUUUCCAGGCUUUUCUUUUGAUUGUGAACUAACGUAAAUGGGCCUGUCACUGCAGGAGGGUAGGAAAAGAAAUCUCAAAAUUAUUUCGAAACCUGAUUUUUAAAAAAUUGGACAACCUUAUUGGACUCAUUGGCCUAGGCUGAUCACAUGGUCAUAUUUCUAGAAACUUCUGAACCCCACCUGUAUAAUAUAAAUACUCCAACUAAAGGACUUCAGCUGUCUGCUUCCAGCUAACACAAGGCAAGAAACCGUGAAGGCCCACUAUGCUAAAAUGAAUGCUAAGACUUUUAAUUCCUUUUUCAACUAGCAAUGGAAACUUUCAUGGGGAAAAUUAAAGUUGCACUGUUAGGUUAAUAACCUACCCAUUAACCUAUCAAAAUUGGCCUUCAGCAUCUGAAAUGCCUGACUUUGUCACAUGACUAAAAGUGGAGUUUGUUGAAUUUCUUAAAAUUCCAAAAUUCAGGCAGUUAGGGUCUUAACAUCACAAGAAGAGUAGCUGAAAGGCUUGCUUUACAUCACUAUCUCUCGAACAUCUCACCUCAAGAAAGAAUCAUGGACUUCAGCUGCCAAACUGGACUAAGUCUCCGCAUACAAGAACAAACGUCGUACCUUUGCCAUCAUCUGCUUCCCAACUCCCAGGAAAAGAAUUGCUAUAAGCCAACAGACUUUCAAUUGGCUGCUAACUCAAUAGAGUCAAAGUCAUGCAAACCGUUACCAAGUUUGUUGAUUUUGAGAAAUUCAUAAAUUGUAAAUUUUUUUCCGCCUACAUUGUAUGCUUGUGUGUAUGAAUGAAGUGGCAAAGCAAUUUCUCACAUUAAAUGUUUUGUUAAUAAAUCCCACCUGUAGGUUCACCUUAAA